UAUCAGUUUCCUUCACCACACACAUACACGUAUGUUCCAGUCACCCGCAGAAUUCUGUGGUAUCCCACGGUUACCGUCUAUCUAAACACAACUAGACCUCUACUUCAACGUGGACGAAUAUAACGUGGCCAUAUUGAAGAUGGGGUCAGGUUUUCACCUGCUACAAGACUUCUGCAGGUAAUGGGGAUGUUGUGGACGAAGCAGCUGAGAGUCAGGUGAGCUGAGAAAGAUGAGCUGUUGGAGAUAUCUAACGUGUUUUGGGGCGGAACCGCAAUUUAGGAGCUCGUUUCUCCCGAUCUCUGCACACGGACACUAUUCCUCUGCAAAACUCACAUCAGGCAUUAGCGGCAGUGUUUCAUGAUGUCUUACAGUGCGUGAGUGAGCAUGCUGAUAAAGAACAUGGAACAUGCAUGUUGACCUAAAACAUCAGGCACAGUUUCAAGUAUCACUGUUGUAGCAGGGGACAUAUAUACCUCAUGUGUACCACCGCCAGUUAUAGCAGGAAACUAAUGUUCAACCUGGUCCAGGUGGUAUGGUCCAGUACCCUCAUCGUCUAUACUAAUAUAUCAGGGCGCCACCUCAUCUAAAGUUUACAAAACAUCCUCAAUAAUGUCAGCCGUACGACGAAUGCAACAUCUCUUCCUGACUUUCAGCCUGGUGGUAUUGGCACUAGUUACAAUAUUCAUUGUGCAGAGCACGUUACAAAACGUACAAUUGACAAGAAGCGUUGACACUGAUGAUGCGACUGAAAUAGACAAUAUAACCAGAAAAGUCCAGUUGAAACAUCAUCUUAACACAAGCCACUUCACCACCUGUUCUCAUAACAUCGUUAUCUCUGAUGAGGCUAUCAAAGAAGUAUUUUCAAGAUGGCGGACGACCGAGCCCCGUGACAACAUAUUAAAAGUGGUGUCUGCAGGUCGUAUGGGAAACGGAAUGUUUGAGUACGCUUCGUUGCUGGGAAUCGCAUUCAGAACAGGAAAGCAUCCUCUAUUUACCAUAUCCUCCAAGAGCCCUCUCACUAGACUUUUUAAUAUAUCCUUCAUUGGUGAUGUCAAAAACACAACGUGGGCUUAUAGACGUGAACGCCUACUUUCAACGUAUGACUGUAAGCUUAAUCAACUACCGUAUGGGAAUGUAAAAAUAGGUAUGUUUCUGCAGUCCUGGAAGUAUUUCUAUUACAUGAAGUCGCAAAUUAUAAAAACGUUUACCUUCACUCAGAAAUAUUCCAAUCUCAGUGCUCAGUGUUUUGCGAAAUAUACGGGUCAGCAUAAAAACAGACCUGUGAUAGGGUUACACGUGCGUCGGACGGACAUGAUUAAGUUCAAGUUUAAAGGUUUUGAAGUAGCACCGUUGUCGUACAUACGAAAAGCCAUCAACUAUAUGAAGGCGAAGUUUCCUAAUCCUAUUUUUCUUAUUGCAACGGAUGACAAAGAGUGGUGCAGAGCAAAUCUAACUUCCUCUGAUAUUAUCCUGAUGGAAAACACCGAUCCUUAUUUGGACUUUGCAACGUUGACCUUGUGUGACCACAUGAUAAUGACAGUAGGGACUUUCGGAUGGUGGGCCGCCUUUUUAACGAAUGGGCACACUGUGUAUUUUAAAGACUAUCCCAGAAAGGGCUCACGUUUGGCUGCUGCAUUCACGAAGGAAGAUUUUUUCAUGCCAGACUGGGUUCCACUUGGGGCCUAAACUAAUUGUCGUAUUGCUGACCCAUGGUGUUCGACAUUGUGAGGCCAAUUCAACUCCUCGAGGUAUUUCAUGGAAAAAAGACCCCAUUAGUCAACAAUGCUAAUCGUAAACUAACUCUAAAUGGAUCGGUUGGUCACUCGACGACAUGGGACAAUGAUCAUUUAUUUAUAUCAAUCACUAGUUUUCAAUUAUUCCCCUGGCAUAUAAUGCUGGAAAGUCGACGCGGCGUCCAUUUCGUUUCCGAAGCGUACAUAUAUCCCAAAAAACGUUUAAUAUGUUUAAACAACUUGACAGAUAUAUCAAACAGAUCCUUUAGUGGUGCCUUUUGCUAUUUACGGAUUCGGGACAUUUUUAUUUUUAAUGAUUUCCAUUGCAACACGUUUGACUUUGACGCUGUUCAUAGUGGUGUGUACCUGCCAUAGAAGUACAAAGUUCCGAAUCCCAAUUCCAUGGUAUUGUCUUGAUGGAUCAUUAACUUAUCUUGUUCACUGACAGACAGAUUAGAUAGAAAUUAUCUCAUCAUGUUGGACUGAGAGUAAGUCAGAUGAUUUGUUCUUUCGAAUUUGUGGGGGCCGGGGGAUUGGUCAUCUUUUGAUGACUCGUGUUUACCAUUAUUAGCUGAGGGAGGGUGGCAGAUAUUGCUGGGUUAUUGCGUAGUGCGACGUUAAACAAGGACAAACAUCAAUUUCAUAUGAGUAGUGUGUGAAACAUGUGGAGCUCAGCAAAAUAGUGAGUGAGUGAGUGAGUUAGGUUUUACGCCGCUUUUAGCAAUAUUCCAGCAAUAUCACGGCGGGGGACACCAGAAAUGGGCUUCACACAUUGAACCCAUGUCGGGAAUCGAACCCGGGUCUUCAGCGUGACGAGCGAACGCUUUAACCACUAGGCUACCCGACCGCCCCCUCAGCAAAAUAGAUUGCAUUAAUUUUCUAAACUAUACAAAUAGUUCGACGUUCUCUAGGCUGCUCGACAUACCAUAUUAAGCUCGAUAUACCAUAUGCGGCUCGACACGUUAUAACUAGGUCGACACAUUACAGGGGAUUUGACGCAAGACGCAAGAGAUUUGUCGACAUACCACAGCUAUAGGUAACUGCACACUCUUUGAAGCACGACGUACUAUAGGUAUUCGUAUGCCGCUUUUUCCAUCAUGCUCAAAGCGUAUUAUUAUAUGUACCCCUGCCAAUGGAUCAGGGUGCACUCGAAUUUCUUUCUCAGCUCCCUGGGGAGUACACAACCCAUUUGCCUGUGAGGCGCUAGAAGGUUAACAGCCUCAUUGCCACAUAUCUCACCCUGCCGGGUACCCAUUCAAAGCUGGGUGAUAUAGCAUGAUAAAUCACGCACUCUGGUAUAUACAAUAUAUUCAAGUACAUAUAUUUCUUGCUACUUCUUUGAAUUUUUAAUAAAUUUACCAAAGGCCA